UCUCUAUCUAUCUGUUAUUUAAUAUUACAAAUGUAAGAGAGAAGUAUUUGAUGUGCUCGGUGUUUAUGAUGGUGGGUCUUGCUGGAGCCGAGCAUUUGGGUCAUUCAAGUCGGUAUUUUGUCAUCCAUAGUGGUGUUUCUUACAUUUUUUUUCACGAUGUGUGAUGGCGACAAAAUGGACUGUAAGAGCGACAUUCAGUAAAAAGAUUUACACGUCACGCGAUAACAAGGAUAACAAAGUAUCAAAACGCGAUGCGAGCAUCGCGCGUGUCUGCCGCGAAGAAGAGGAGAAUCGUUAAAACCAUAUGUGGACUCUAAAUUACGGUAUAAUAAAUUAACGUCAUCAGUGUAUUCAAGACGCGAGACGGUGGUGUAUCCAUUGUCGUUAUUAUAAUGUAUAUGUAACAGUAGGAUUUAGUAGCGUUGAUAUAGUUGAUUGUUACGUGUGUGACGGUGAUAAAAUCGUGCGUGCGUGCGUACGCGUGCGCAAAACCACACUCGUUAAAACGAAUGCGAGUUUCGCAAUAACUCGCCAAAAUGAUAAACGACUUCCCAUGAUCCAGAAGAGAAUGCCAAGUCAUUGAGGAGCAACUCGUUGAUAUAUAGAGCGACGGUGCAAAAUUCACACUAUAUUAUAACACGGUUCGUUAAGUUUGGCACAAGUUUGGUUUUCAAGUGAGAAAGGAAACAUGCAGACGAGAACAAUAUCUCUCUUCGUAGUUGUAUGCGUAGCUGUGAGUGCGAAUGGUUAUACCUUGAUGAAGAAGAGGGCUAUUUUUGGAUUGGUUCCUGAAGUUCCGAUAUUAGGAAAUCUGGAAGAGGCAACGAAGAAUCUGGGCGAGAGUGUGAAGGACACAAUUGUCACGGAUAGCAAGGCUGUAGGCGAUUUUACGAAUAUGAUCGGAGGCGCGACAAGUAUGCUACAGGGCAAGCCAGAGGACAUAAUGGGCUACAUGAUGAAUGCUGUAGUGCGCAGUGUAGAGAACAAUUUGAAGGCCAGAUAUGAGUCUCUGAAGUCUUUUGUGAAGUCUUUCGUCAAGUCUCUUUCCAACAUUAUCUUUAAUCUCGGGCAAUUAGGUAAGGACAGAAAAGGUAACUCUAUCGUAUUUCCUUCUACUGGUUCCAUCAGCAAGUCUCUAAAAAAUUUGAUAUCCUCGGGAGACAAAGAUGAUGCAGAGGAGAACACGCCGAAUGUAACGUUGGAUAAUACGAAUGGCUCCGAUUCGACGAAGAUCGAGGACUAGCACAACGGGAGCAAGUCUGCGAGAUGGGAGGAUACAGAGGCGAGAUGGGAGGAAAUAUCGUAAUUGAGAGAAGCGGAGGAGUAUGAAGACUCCAUUGUUCUCAGUUGACGUUGACGAACAUUGGAGCACUGUGUGUCGCGGACUGUUUUCUGCGAGAAAUUAAACUGAAACUAAUUAUGUGUAUUCUUGUCACACGUGUUAUCAUGGUAUCGUUUUUUCCCAUAGUUGCUGAUCGUACGUGCGUGAAUCUUUGCGAGAGAUCGAUACAAACAAGUGUUAAAUUCACGAAGUAAUUAUAUACAAUAUAUUGCACGUCAGAAUUAUUCUUAUUGUCUAUUUUAUCGUCGUCUAUUCGUUGGGCUGGGUUGGUGGCAACGGAGGCGUGUAAUUUGAAUAUUAGCGACGUAAUAUGAAGCGGUUAAUAAUUACUGUUAGUAUCACACGGCUAUUGUGUCUUUGUCGAGGGGACCGCUAUCGAGGAGAUGAUUAGAAUUUUAAUGCAAUAAUGUACAAGAAGAGGAAAAGAAGCGACACGAGGUCGUAUGAACUCGCACGAGAGACUCGUGAAACAAAAUCUGCGAGACAGUACGGCAGGGUAUAUAGUGUGUAAGUGGCUGAAAUAACGCUUUCAAUUGCAUGGGGUGACUUUGAUCGUAAUCGUCAUGCUGUAGAUAGAUUUGUCAUGCUUAUCGCGAUUAUCGCGAUUAUCGCAACAGCCGUGAGCAGCCGCGAGCGACGGUAAAAUUAUUCCUUGCGGCAAUUAGCUACGGGAGAGAACGAAGAGACAGAGAGUGGUCAAUCAAAGUCACCCAUGCGGCAAGUUUCAGUGUGUAACUACGCAAUAGCGUUCGAAUAGCGUUAGGAAAGAUGCAAGCGUGUGUAUUUGGACGGAUAUUCGGCGAUGUUGAGAUCAGAAUCGAGCAUCGAGCGGAUGUAGCAGCAUGCGAUUGGUAUUACGAUGGGUCGUGCACGUCGGUAUAUGUGAGUCAGCUGUGCGGAAUUACAAAAUUGUUUGUUGUUUGGAAGGGUAUGUUAUGUCGAAGCGGUUAAUAACAUAUACGGUAUGGUGCUUGGCAUUGGCGUUAGUACGACUCUUGGAGAGAAAAGUAGUCACGGUGUUUGCUCCAUUGAAUAAGUCUCGUCGUCAUCGAUCAUCCGUGCUAUCGAAUUAUCGCGUUCUUUGUAGAAUCGAGCGACAGAUUGUCGAAUGUUAAGUUGUGAAGCGGUGCGUAAUGUCGAUAAUAAUGUUGACAAGGGGGUAGUGGGAUGAACAAAUGUAGUUAUUGUAGCGUUAUACAAUAUAUAGUAUUUAAGAUGCAA